UCCACCAACCGCACAAAUGUAGGACAGGGCGGGUGGAGUCCCAACACAGCCGGCUUGUACACUACACGCUCUGAUACGAUUUGUUGUUUGAGUGUUGGUAAUGAUAAAAGUUCAAACGAAAUACGAAUUUUAGCAGAUCGGAUUGGCAGGAGGAACCUUUCUCACCCGACCCCUAUUUCCACCCGGAUGUACUCACGAACGGGACCGUAAAUAGACCAUCGUAGCUCAGCUGUCUCAGCUCUUUCCCGUGGGUACUGUAAGAGCGGGUGACAUUUAACCAUUGAAACAUUAGUUUAAUUGAUUACCAAAAUAAAUGGUUUAGUAGACGUGAACGCGGAGCCGGUUGCGGAAUCGCGGCGUCUAUUUCCCAGGAUGGAUUCGUGCCGGCUGACCGGGCUCAGCGGCGUCCUGUGGUCCGUGUCUUUGCUCUGUGUCCUUCUGGAUCUGCAGCUGGACGGUGUCUUGGGGGCGACCCAGGCUGAAAUUGAGCAGCACUUAGAAAUGGGACGCAAACUUCUGGCUGCUGGCCAGCUCGCCGAAGCUCUGUCCCACUACCACUCUGCUGUGGAGGGUGACUCUAAGAAUUACCUUACCUAUUAUAAGCGUGCUGCUGUAUUCCUGGCCAUGGGAAAGUCCAAAUCAGCCCUACCUGACCUCACAAGAGCCAUCCAGCUGAAGCCUGACUUCCUGGCUGCUCGACUGCAGAGAGGAAACAUCCUGCUAAAACAGGGCAAUACCCAGGAGGCCAGGGAGGAUUUUGAGGCUGUGCUUCACAGAUCCCCUGACCACAAGGAGGCUCAGGAGCAGCUGAUGAAAGCCAAUGAGUUGGAGGAGAUGCAGGAAGAGGCUCAUCUGCUGAACCUUCAGGGAGAGUACAGCGCCACUGUCAGUGUGCUGGAACGAGUUAUUGAGAUCUCACCCUGGGACCCAGAGUCACGUGAGCUUCGUGCAGAAUGCUACAUCAGAAUGGGGGAUCCGCAGAAAGCCAUCCAGGACCUGACACCAACCACCCGCUUGCGCAACGACAACCGCGCUGCUUUUCUGAAGCUCAGCUUGCUGCAUUACAGCCUGGGGGAACAUCAUGAUUCUCUCAAUCACAUCCGAGAGUGUCUGAAGUUGGACCAGGACGAUAAAGACUGUUUCAGUCACUACAAGCAGGUGAAGAAGCUGAGCAAACAACUGGACGCGGCUGAAGAGCUCAUCCAGCAAGAGCGGUACCAAGACGCCAUCCUCAAGUAUGAGUCUGUGAUGAAGACCGAGCCCAAGGUCCAGUUCUACACUAACUUGGCAAAAGAGCGGAUCUGCCACUGUCUGCUGAAGAUGAGGUUGGCCGUGGAUGCGAUUGAUGCCUGUUCAGAAGCCCAUCAGAGAGACCCUCGAAACACCAACAUACUGAGAGACCGGGCAGAAGCUUACAUCCUUAACCAGGACUAUGAAAAAGCGGUGGAGGACUACCAGGAGGCCCGGGAGUUCAACGGUGACAGCAACGAUAUACGAGAAGGACUGGAACGAGCUCAGAAGCUACUGAAGAUCUCUCGCAAGAGGGACUACUACAAGAUCCUGGGAGUCAGCAGGAGCGCCAACAAGCAGGAGAUCAUCAAGGCGUACAGGAAGCUGGCGCAGCAGUGGCAUCCAGACAACUUCCAGUCAGAGACAGAGAAGAAGGAGGCGGAGAAGAAGUUCAUUGACAUUGCGUCAGCUAAAGAGGUCCUCACAGAUCCAGAAAUGCGGCAGAAGUUUGAUGCCGGCGAGGAUCCUUUGGACCCAGAGAACCAGCAGGGUGGAGGACAAGGAGGACAUGGGUGGCCUUUUCCCUUCAACCCAUUUGAAUCUGGAGGGAGCUUUCACUUCAAAUUUCAAUGAGAACUGACAAGAGGACUGUUGACACUCUAAUUGACAUUGAUGGAGUUUGAGGAACCUCUACAGAACUAUGACAUUGAACUAGCUUUGGCUGCGGCUCCACACAUCCUUGUCAAAUAUUCCAAUGACGGUUCGUGUGGGACGUCUCUCUGGAAUGUUUUCUAGUUUUACUUUUUCUUUGUGCCAUUUCUCUGCCAAGUAAUCCUUUCACGUUGGAGCAAGGAUUGUGACCUGGGUGUUCUUGGUCGUGUUCGGAGAACAGAAGUGGCAUGUCAACUGAUAUUUGGGGAAAUCUCAGCUGUCAAAAGUUUUAUAUUUAUGGUGAAAACUACUGAAGAUGUGGUUCUUCUUCAAGGAUGUCAAAUCAAUCUGCAUUUAAACUGUAAAUCAACAUUUCCAGUGACUCAGUCUGACUCAGCUUUAUGGUUGGAUUGUUACUUACUAUUGAAUUUACUUUGAAAACCACUCCGUCAGGCAUCAACACAUUCCCAGGCCUGAGUUAAAAAUUCUACAUUAUUUUGUGUUGAAAAUAAUGCCAAUUGAUACAGUCAAAACCAUCACAUUUUUGUGGGCUGGAAUGAGUUGCAUUCAAAUCUAUUCAUAUUCAAAAACGUAUUUAUGGACCAGAAAUGCAACCUAAUUUAAUCUGAUCUCUGUGGUAAAUGCUUUUCCUUCCUCUUACAGGCCCUUCCCGUCGACAAGCCUUUGUUAUGUUAUUCCAUCAAGCCUUCACUCUGAACUAUUCUGUCUUUUCAAAAUAAUCAUUUGAUGACUCAUUAGAUUCUCAUUGUUCAGGGCAACAAACGUCAGAGGGUAAAAGUACAAGCUGUAAUAUCCUGGCACCACGGAGAGCGUCUGAUUAAAUUCAGAUUGAAGCCAGAUGAGUUGGCAGUCCGCUGUUGAAGGUACAAAGGUACAAACCAAUAAUCGGCCAGCAGCAGUAAUGUACCCUAGAAAUGUGGUGCAAAUCCAGCUGUCUCGAAAGUCAACUGUGCCUGAACACUCCAGACAUGUACAGUAUGUAGUCAGGUGUUCUGAUGACUGAUGCUACUGUCCAAGUUUUGAUGUAACCAAACUCAAUGAAAGAACAGCUGUAUUAAAUACUGAGACUGAGGUAAA